AUGCCUGGCUUGAUUCCUUCUUACACCAUUCCCCCAAACAUGGUGCCUCCUCCUGUCAGAGCCCCCAUCUCUGAGGAGGAAAAGCAGAAGGAGGCCCAAAAGCAUGGCGCUCGCGUCAUCUGCCGCGUUCUGUACUUCCUCGCCGGUCUUGGAGGUCUGGUCUUCAUCGUCGCCUUUGAUCUCGUCAGCUCCCUGGACGAGGUCAAUCGCGCCCGCCUCAUCCUGCAAACCACCAGCCCCUCCCUCGUCGUCUACUUUCUCUGCCUCGUCAUCUUUGGCGCGUUCCGGCCCGCCGACGGCAACUACAUCACCCGCGUCGCGACCAUCAACCAGACCGUGCCCGUCGCCUGCCUCAUGCUGGACCUCGCCUGGAUCUGGACCUUUAUGCUCAACGACCUCCGCUUCGUCCUGGCCACCACCUUCUUCCUCGUCGUGCCUUGGCUCGCCACCAUCGCCGCCAAGCUGCUCGACGUCCAGACCGUGGCUCCCUGGCGCCCCACCACCGACCUGCGCAUCAAGAUCGGCGAGGAGGUCAUAGUGAUGAACCUCCCAGUCGAGACCGCCGGCAAGAUGCAGGAGGCGUUCCGCGUCAAGGCCGAGGCCGAUCGCCGCGCUGGAAUGGCUCGCAGCCUCAACACGUGCGCCAUUCAGCCUACGCCUGCCCACUACGGCAGCGACAUGCGCUGGCCCUACAACAAUGACAACUACUCCUACAACGGCUACAGCUGGUGA